UCAGAAGUGUACGAGAUGAAGUUCGCGUUGGUUCUGGUCGUCUUGUGUGUUGUGGCGGUUUCGGCCCAUUGGGGUAGAUGGAAUAGGGAAUGCGGAAGGAUGAGUUGUUUGGAUAGGGUGUUUAAAAGUGGUCAUCAGGAAUGCUGCAAGAAAUACGAGUUGAAUGGUGGUUGGAGGAAACAUUGGAGAUCCUAUCCCCAUAGUCAUGGACAUCGACACCAUCAUUGGAAUGGUACAAAUCAUUCACAUCAUCCAAAUCAUCCGCAUCAUCCGCAUCAUCCGCAUCAUCCGCAUCAUCCACAUUAUCCGCAUAAUCCACAUUAUCCGCAUAAUCCACAUUUCCCAUGUAAAAAUCACACACAAAUACCUCCAAUUCCUACAACCACGACAACAACUACCACUGAAAAACCAACUCCAAGUACUACCACAACAACUACCACUGAAAAACCAACUCCAAGUACUACCACCACGACAACAACUACCACUGAAAUACCAACAACGAAACCUGAAAUAACUACACUUAAUAUAUCGGAACCAACAACAGAAUUAGAACCCACAAUUUCCGAUAUUACAACAGAUAUUCCAGAGGAAAUAACGACAGAGCUUACUGAAAUAUUCCCAGAAGCACAAUAAUUUGUAUUUUGUUUGUAAACUUAUUUCUUUUUAAAUAUAUUUGAAUUAGCAUUAGAAACAUUUGCGUUAUUAGAAACCAGCCAACUGUAAUCGAUUCAAAUUAUUGAAGUGUACAUAUUCUGUUGUUAUCACUAAAAUAAAAUUGCAUAAAUUUUAUGUAACGAAUAAGAAA